AGAGAGGCGGGAGGGAGCGGGAGGGAGCGGGAGGAGGGGGAGCGCUUGGGCCCUGCUGCGCACGCGCGCUCAGGGAGCGAGGCUCGCUGCGGGCCCGCCCUGGUCGCGUCGUGCUGCGCGUGAGGAGAGGUGCGAAGCCCGCGUGUGGCGUCGCGGCGGCAAGCUCCUUGCUCUUCUGACACCCUUUUGAAGAUGACGAGGCCAGCGCUCGUUUCUUCCCGCCUUCGGCCCGUCAGAGGGUGGGUUAGGACCCGCCCGUACCCUCAGCGGGGCAUUAGGGGCCGCUUCCCGCCAACGAGACUGGGCCGCGGCCCGGCCCACUCAGGCCUCCUGGGACGUAAACGCCUCCCCGUGGAGGCUCAUGGGGAAAGCGCAUUUCUGAACGCUCCGGAAAGACUAAAAUAAUAAAAAGACUAAAAUAAUGUUUAGGUAUCCUGAUAAUUGUAUCUGAAAGGGAUUUGCUCUGUCCAUGGUUUGGAUUCUCCAUUUCCUCGCGGGACUAGGGAGAUAAACAAGAUGGAGUUCUGGGGCGCGGUGGGGUGAGCUCAUAGGAUUCAUAAUACAGAACCCGUUCCGUGGCGUCGGCAUAAAAUGGGACUGAGUAGAGACUUGGGAAAACACGGAGACUGGGUGGUGUGAACUGGUGCAGGCGCGAGGGGCCACGGCAGCCACCGUGCUGAAUGUAAAAAUUGGACGCUGUCACGCCGGGAGUGCGGCCCUGUCUGCCUUGGCACGCUUUGCCGUUGGGCGUCUCCUCCCAGCUCCUCAGUGUGGCUCAUCUAGAGGCCUCUAUGCACUUUUCCCCCUGGUGCCCACCUGCCCGGCUGCCACGCAUUACGUCAUCAUGGAGAUUACACCCCAGUGACCACCUCGCAGUGACAGCAUGACCUCCUGGAACUCGUGCUUGCUUGCUUUAAACUCACCAGUUAAAAAACCCCGCAGGACAUCUGUGUAUGGACGAUGUCCUGGACUCAACAGCCACCUUGGCCCAUGAACUUGCUGCUCUGUCCCUGCCUGUGCCCUCUGUAUGGUCUCCGGGUGUGCUCUGUGCCACUUCCCACUGCAGGACCUGUUUUUUCUGCAAUACAAUGGAUACAGUUUGUCAUGGCUACUCUGAGCAUUAUAGGUUCAAGUUCACUUAUUGCUUAUUCUGUAUUCCAGAAUAUACAGAAAUCUGCAGAGAUUUAUUUAUUUAUUUAAAAGGCAGAGUUAGAGAGAGAGACAGAGACCGAGAGACCGAGACCGAUCUUCCAUCCACUGGCUCACUCCCCAAAUGGCCAGGGCUGGGCCAGACCAAAGCUGGGAGCCAGGAGAUUCCUCCAGGUCUCCCAUAUGGAAAAGACCACUCUUUUAUCUGAGCUUCUCUGACUUGCUCCUGGGAAUUUGCUGGCUCACUGAGGCACUUCUCUAUGGAACUCCAGUGGACAAUAAAGAUGUCAUCUGCUACAAUCUGCAAGCAGUUGGACAGAUACUCUACAUUUCCUCAAUUCUCUACACCAUCAAUUACAUCUGGUAUCUGUACACAGAGCUGAGGAUGAAACAUAACGAGAGUGGACACAGCACAUCUCCGCUGAUGUUAAAUUAUACAUGUCAACUUGGUCAAAUAGCCUUCAUUUUGUCAAGCCUGAUACCUCUGCUAUUAAUGGCACCUGUAUUCUGCCUGGGCAAUGCCAGUGAAUGUUUCCACAACUUCAGCCAGAGCCACAGGUGUAUCCUUAUGCACUCACCACCAUCAACCAUGGCUGAAUUCCUGAAUUCGAUCAACACGUCUGUCUGCAGCAUACUUUAUUUUUAUGGCAUCACCAUUUUCCUGACUAGCUUUCUACUCAGCCUUCUCACCAUUAUGGUCUUAUUUAUCCAAGCCCGGACACUGUAUAAGAAGUUUGUGAAAUCAGCUGACUUUCUGGGGAGUGAACAGUGGGCAGUGAUUCACACUGUGGAGCAGCGUGUGCACUUCUACCCAGUCACCUUCUUUUUCUGCCGGGGCCCAGCUGUCAUUCUGAUGAUUGUUAAGCUGACCAAGCCACAGUAUACCAAGCUUCACAUGGCCCUCUAUGUGCUCCAGGCACUAACAGCAGCAUCCCAGGGUCUGCUCAACUGUGGAGUGUAUGGCUGGACACAGCACAAGUUCUACCAACUAAAGCAAGAGGCCCGACGUGAUGUAGACACCCAAACACCAUUAUUAUGCUCACAGAAGAGAAUCUAUAGCAGGGGCCUAGAUCCAUUGGAAUCUACCCUUGCUUUUGCUACCAGCACUUCUACCAUUCUUUGAAAGUACAGUACUGGGACAACCAGGAACUAGAGUUACUCCACUCUAAUAGAUUUGAAAGAUAUUGUGGAACCACAUCUUAAGGCUUUUUUAACCAUGCCCUAAACUAUAGAACUGAAAAGGAAUAUAGUGCCAGAGUUAAAUUUUCUGGGUAAAUUGAGCAGGAUUUCUCCAAUCAUUCCCUGAUUCACUAAUGAUUCUUAAAGUUAUCUCUGUUCAGGAAGAUGAAGCCACUUUCCAUCUAAGAGACAGAUUCAUAUUACCUUGAUGAAUAUUAUAUAUAUAUAUUUAUCAAUUUCUUCCAGAAAAAAUAAAUUAUAGAUUUUUGUUUAUAUAUGUUAUCAGUAGGUGUUCUACUUCAUGGUUGCAAAAGUAUAAGAAUGUGCAACAACUUGCUCGGGUCUUACCAUUGGUAUAACUCUCUCUAAAGCUAGACAAAGGACCUGGGUUUCUUUUCUUUGAGCAGGUGUCCUUGUUCAGAAGAAGCAAGCAUAAUAAUUAGCAAACAACAAAGGUGACAAUGGAGCCUCAGACCCACCACAUCCAAGUCUCAAAUGUUUAGUUCAAAAAGGACUAUCUUGCUCUAGAAAAUCUGAAUCAUUUUUUUGAGUUACAGGGAUAAUAAGAUUUAAGAGAAAUCAGGACUGGUGUGAGUGUUGUGGCAGAGCAGGUAAAGCCAUGCCUAUGACACCAGCAUCUAAUAUGGGCAUUAGUUUCUGUCCCAGCUGUUUCACUUCCAAUCCAGUGCCCUACUAAAGGCCUGGGAAAAGCAGCAAAAUAUGGCCCAAGCGUUUGGGCCACAGCCACCCAUGUGAGAGACCCAGAAGAAGCUCCUGGCUCCUGGCUUUUGAUUGGUCCAGCUCCAGCCAUUGCAGCCAUUUGGGGGAAUGAACAGCCAAUUAAAGAUCUCUGUCUGUCUGUCUCCCUCUCUCUUUCUCUUUGUAUAACUCUACCUUUCAAUAAAUAAAUAAAUAUUUAAAAUUUAAAAAAUAACUUUUAGGGAGCUCAACGUGAACUUCAUGGCAGUUAUGGAGGGCAACCCAUUCUUACUCUAUCAAGAUCACAUCUGGAGGCCUCUCAUUGCCUCAAAGCUAUGGAAAUCUGAUUUCAAGAUCACAGAACAAGAAAUACUGCCUCAUCUAGCCUCAUCUAAGAGGCUACCUUAAUAUCUUUAAAAAUAUAAUAAGUGGGACGAGCACUGUGGCACAGUGGAUUAAGCUGCCACCUACAGUGCCAGCAUCCCAUAUGAGCGCUGGUUCAAGUCCCAGCCACUCCACUUCCAAUCCAGCUCCCUGCUAAUGUGCCUGGGAAAGCAGCAGAGGAUGGUCCAAAGUGUUAGGGCCCCUGCACACAUGUGGAAGACCUGGGUGAGGCUCCUGGCUCCUGGCUUCAGCCUGGCCCAGCCUUGACUGUUUGAAUCAUUUGGAGAGUGAAUCAGAUAUCGCUCAUGUGUUCACUCUUGCUCGCUCGCUCACUCUCUCUUUCUGCCUCUUCCUCUUCUCCCUGUAACUCUGCCUUUCAAAUAAAUAAAUAAACCUUAAAAAAAACCCUUAUAUAUGAUAUGAGUCAAUGCAUGUGAAAUGUCCAGAAGAGGCAGAUCCUGAGAAAGCAAGUAGAUUGCUGGUUGCCAGUUCAGGCAUGGAGGUGUGGAGAUAGCAUGGUUGUUAAUGGAAAUAGAGUUUCUUUUGGGGAUGAUGGAAAUAUUCUAGAAUCAGAUUGUGGGGAUGGUUGCACAACUCUGUGACUCUACUAGAAAAUCAUUGUAGGGGGCCUGGCAUUGUGGCAUAUCAGGUUAGGCCACUGUCUGCAAUGCCAACAUCCCAUAUGAACACUGGUUUGAGUCUUGCAGUCAUUUGGGGAGUGAACCAGCAGAUGGAAGAUAUAUAUCUCUCUCUCCCCCCUCUCUUUGUUUCUCUCUCUCUCUGCCUUUCAAAUAAAUAAGUCAGAGUUACACAGAGAAUUACACAGAGAGUGAAGGAGGCAGAGAGAGAGAGAGAGAGGUCUUCCAUCUGCUGGUUCACUCCCUAAUUGGCUGCAACAGCUGGAGCUGCCCAAUCCGAAGCCAGAAGCUUCUUCCAGGUCUCCAACGAGGGUGCACAGGUGCCCAAGGACUACUUUCCCAGGCCAUAGAAGAGAGCUGGUUAGGAAGUAGAGCAGCCAGGACACAAACCGGCUCCUGUAUGGGAUGCCAGCACUGCAGUUGACUGCUUUACCCGCUAUGCCACAGUGCUGGCUCCCUUUAAAAAAAAAAUGUCAAGUUUAUUUAUCUUACUGCUUUGGUGAUUUUUUUUUUGGCCUUGACGUGGGUCUUAGAUAUUAUAUAGAUAUAUAAUAGUAGUGAAAAAUAAGAGUCUAGGUAAGACUUAAAUUAGGAUUAUCCAUUCUGAGAGUAGAGCUGACAUAUGGAUUUGGGCUACUCUUCAAACUGUCCCUGAAACUCUUGAAUUCAGGGACAGAUGAGACAUAGCCAUAGACACAGCGGCAGUUCUUAAAAUUGUUGAAAACAUCCCUCGUGUUAGAGUUGCAGUUACAGUUUAGUGGAGUGAUAUCUAAGGUUCAGUUCAUAGAGAUCAUCUGUGGACCACAUGGAGUUCUACCCUUUACCUUAUCCUCUUCAGCCCUGUUUGUAGCUUCAAAAAACCCUCCGCCCCAAUACCACAUGUCCUGCAUGGGGAACUAGGUAAGUGUUUGAUGUUUCUCAAUGAGUGGAAGCCUUGAAUGCUUUAACAUAGCCACUUAUAUCUUGGGGCUUAUACUUGCUGAAGACUUUAAACAUCCUUUUAGACUUACUGCUAUGGUGUGUAAACCUGUCCCUUUGCUAAUGAUAAUAACUUUUCUGGUAAGUCCUUGGGCCCUCUCCAAAGACUUGACUGCACGGUUCUCUGGGCUUCUGCACUGCCCCUGGAAACAACAACCUUGUUCUUUGCAAGGAGUAUCAUCUUGAUUACAUCCUGGCAGUGCUUGGAGCUGCCAUUAAUGUGCUCUGGGAAGUCAAACUCAUCUACACUGAGAUUGUGAGAUGUGACUAUUCUUAGAAAUUUGUGGUUUUUUUUCUUCUGUGGUAUCCAAAUGCAUUUGGCUAGCAUGGGGUAGACAGUGGUGAUCCUUGUGACAAUUAAGGACACCACCACAAACACAUUUAUCUUCUCUGUUCAUUUUCUUAUUCCCACAAUAUGGCUUUCCCAAAGAACUUUGGAGCUCAGAUUUAUUAAACAGGCAGUCUCCCUUUGUGUGUAAGCAGCAGCUGAUGAAAGUAAUGGAAGCUGUGAUUGCUGAGGCCCAUAAUGAGAGUAAUAAAUUUAUUCACAGUACAGAGACUCUAAAUAGUCAUGAUUAAUUCCAAACCUGUGGCCAAGCUUUUGAACCAUGAGAACUGCAAAAUAGAACGAGUCUUCAAGACAGGAAAAUUAAAUGCUGAUUGUGUUGACAGUGCAGACACCCCCUAAAAACUGCACAGCCAUGUUACUUUCAAGAUUUCGGCCAAAAUCAUAUGAGCAUGUUUUCACC